AUGGCAGCAUCUAGAGAAGAUUUAACAAAUAUUGAGUUUGAUAAUGAUUGGAAAUGUUAUUGUCAACAAGCGAAUGAAGAAAUGAAUGAAGAAAAUAUGGUUGCAGCUAUACAUCAUGGCGAUAUAAAUCAUUGUUCGUCUUUAAUAGAUUUACCACAUAUUAUCAAUAUAAAUCAAUCAAGUCAAUUUAAAGAAACAAAUUCAUACAAAUGGUGGUAUUACAAACAAUUCGAUUGGACAUCGACCAAUAAACAAAUUCAUCUUAUGUUUGAAUCCUAUGAUAAUCUAAAUAACAGCUCUAUUUCAGCAGAUAUUGCUGGCACUAUAUGGUUAAAUAAUACAAAAAUAUUUUCUGGUUUAUUCACAUCAUUAACUAAUUCUAUUGACUUGUCUUCAAAAUUAUUAUAUAGUAAAAAUAUUGAUGAACAAACUCAAACAAAUAUUCUAGUCAUUUCUUGUUCAAAUUCUACUCUUUCUCGUCAUGCUCGUCUUAUUCUACAUGGUAAAAUAAUUUGUGCAACAGGACAAGUAAACGUCAGUGAAGAAUUUUCAAGCAGAAGUAAAACUCAAGAACAAAAUGAAAAUGAAAUUAUGGAUUAUACAAUUAGUCUUGAUGAUACUAAUGGACGUAUUGGUGUUUUAUUUAAAUCCAAACGGAAAUACAAAGCACCUUUAAAAUCAAUUUCAUCAUCACCACAAUUUGUUCCAUAUGAGCAGAAUGAAAGGCAAAUCAAUGAAAAUAAAGAAGAAUUAAAAGAUGAUCUUCUCAUACCUCGUUUAGCUAUUUUAAUACUAACUGUUGGUACGCGCGGUGAUGUCCAACCAUUUAUUGCUCUAGGUCAAGCACUUCGAGCAUAUGGUCAUCGUGUUCGAUUAGCCACACAUGAAACAUUUCGAUCAUUUGUUCGUGGUAAUGGUCUGGAAUUUUAUCCAUUAGGUGGUGAUCCAGUAGAUUUAAUCUCCUUUAUGGAGAUGUUGGCAAAAAAACGUCGAACUAUAUCUGAUAUUCUUGCUUCUACAUGGCAAGCAUGUAUAGCAAAUGAUGAUGAAACAGAUAUGCCAUUUACAGCUGAAGCAAUUAUUGCUAAUCCACCAUCAUUUGGUCAUAUUCAUUGUGCAGAAAAAUUACAAAUUCCUUUACAUAUCGUAUUCACUAUGCCUUGGACAUCUACA